AUGCCUUUCGACCCCGAAGUAUACAAUCUGAAAUGCGCCGGAUUAUCCGAUGACACCCUCCUAUCCCGGUGGUCUUAUUAUGUCCGCCAGCUGGCAAGCAGCUCGACGGGCGCGGCACUCCACACCGCUGCCGGAGGCUUUGCCUUGGGCCUGACCUGGCUCAUGAUCCCCUACGAUGCGGCGCGGAUCCGGAACGCCCGACGGAAACGGCGCAUCCUCGAGGAGCACGCAGUGGACCGCUGUCUCGCCGUUAGAACGAAGCGCAGCGACGUGCUGUUUCCGAUGGUUGUCGGAUUGGCGCUAGGCGCCGUUGCGUUGGGUGGUGCUGCUUUAUCCGCGGACCUGCUCGUGGGAGGCAAUGGGUCGUCCAGGUUGACGGUCGUCAAGGGCGCGGCUCACUUGGGGUUGGAUGCCGCCAUCGCUGCGGCUGAGCGGUCGUUUGCCGACAAGGAGAAGACCAAGAUCGAAAAGAAGCUGAAACGUGGUUCCGCAUGCACACCCGCAUUGCUUGGAGCAUUCAAGAAAUAA